UGCUUGGCCCGCCCGGCGCCCUCUUCUUUCUCUUCUUCCUCCCUGCAUCCAUCCCCCCCUUCGUCUGUUCCUCUGCCAAACGAAAACCCUAGCCGCCGCCGCCGCCGCCGCCGAUCAUCUUGAUUGAGAUGGGUGGCAAGUGCCCGCACCGCAAGGUCAAGAAGCGCCGCCUCUCGCACAAGACGGCGCGUCGUGGCAAGUUCCUCCUCAAGGCCGACGAUGCCGUCUACGAGGAGCUCGUCAAGCUGGCCGACCAGGGGAAGGAUGCCCAAGCCAAGGACCUCCCCGUAGACGAGGACCUUCCCGGCAUGGGGCAGUUCUACUGCCUCCACUGCGACCGUUACUUUGCAAGCGAGAGCGUGAAGGAUGAGCACUACCGCUCAAAGCGCCACAAGAAAAGAUGUGCCCUAUUGCAUGAUUAUUCUCAGUGGAAGAAAAAGCGUGCUGCGAAUUUGUAAGAUGUCCAAGGACCACUUAAGGGCUGUUUGGUUGCCAGCCGAACUUUGCCACGCCACAAUGAUGGCAUCCACAACACAUUUGGACAGUGUUUGGUUCGCACCUACAUCCACCACGCCGCAAUUUCAUGGCCGCCACAACAGCUCCGGCUCCCGUUUGGUUGAGAACUAGUAUUAGGCAGCCACAGUCAAUCUCCUCUGUAUUCUUGCCACAGGUUGUGGCGGCGAUUUUCUCCGCCAUAAGUGUGGCGCCGCCGUAACCGAGCUGUGGGAAAGGAAGGCUAGGCAUCCAAAAAGUAUGGCACAGGAUCCGUGGCGGAGGCAGCUGCUGGCCGGCAACCAAACAACCCCUUAGUUUGUAUAGCUAGACUGAGCAAUGCAAUCAAUCAGUUAGAAAACUGUAAUACAUCAAGCUGCAUGUCAACAGUUAUUUAGAGCAGAAUAAGUUGAGACUUGCUGUGUGUGGGUGUACAUAUCACAGAGACUGUAACUAGAUAAGUAUUGGGGGUCCUAUGAUUGUGACCUAAAGAUUACAAGCAGGUAUACUUAGAUAUUACCAGUCUGAUC